AUGACAAGAAGAAGGAAACUAUUCCGACGAUGGUGGAGUAAACCUCAUAUCAGGCGUAAUUAUUUGACAGGAUAUAAUGGUUACCAUAGGGUGUUUAAAUAUUUCAAACUCAAUGAUGAAGACGAAUUUAUUAAUUUCACAAGAAUACCUGAACACAUUUUUGAGUACUUAUAUCAACUGGUUCGUGUUAGUUUGAUUAAAAGGAGUAGGAGGCCACCUUUACCAAGUGAAUUAAGAUUGAGUUUAACAUUAAAUUAUUUAGCACAUGUUGAUAGUAUUAAGAAAAAUAUGUGGUUUUAUAAUAUUGGAGAAACUACUAUAAAAAAAGUGAUACCUGAAUUUAUGUCAGAUCUUUUUUAUCACAAUUGUAUUGGAGCUUUGGAUGGUAAACAUUGUAAGAUAAAAAAGCCACCCAAUAGUGGAAGUCUAUUUUACAAUUACAAAAAAUUCUUCAGCAUAGUGUUGAUGGCUUGCUGUGAUUCAAAAAAACGCUUCAUAUGGGCUAAUAUUGGAGAUUAUGAAAAAAUUAUUAUGAGUACAGUAUGCCUGCAUAAUAUGCUACUGGAUUUCAAAUAUAACGAAGUAGGCAAUAGAUGGAAUAAUAUCAACAAUCAACAAGUGCUGCCAAACGAACCUCAAGAUGUAGAAAAUAUAAUACAACAUUUUAGGUUACGUGAACAAUUGUGUAUAUACUUCGUUUCACCUCAAGGUUCUGUCCCAUGGCAGUGGGAAAAAAUGUAA